UGUUUUCUGUCGACUCUUAAUCUGAUGAGCGCGUCAAACAACCAGCUGCAUUUCAUGUCGUCGGAAAUCGUCGUAAAACCACCGAGUGUGAUUUUGGUCAUUGAUGCCGGCGCAGAGUUUUAAUUGUCGCGUAAAAACAGAAAAGUUGGCCGCGCCAAGUUUUGGAGCUAUGGCUAUGGUGACGUGGAGGAACACGGAGGCCGUGGGGGGCGCUCAGGGGAGUCUGUCCUCUCCCGUAACCCAGGUCGCACCUCUGUCUCUGUCCGGGGAACUGACGGGACACAUGAACCCCGCGUCCUCUCUGGAAAUCCCGCCGGCGCCGCAGGGCGCACCGAGACCCGGCGCGUCAGGCGGCGGUGCCACGACGGCGAGCGCCACCAACAACAGCAGCACCUCCUCUUCAGCGUCCUCCUCGUCCUCCGUGGACAAGCAGCAGAGCCAGCAGAUCGAGUGCAUCGUGUGCGGGGACAAAUCCAGCGGGAAACACUACGGACAGUUCACGUGCGAAGGAUGUAAGAGCUUCUUCAAACGCAGCGUCAGGAGGAACCUGACCUACACCUGCAGGGCCAACAGGAACUGUCCCGUGGACCAGCACCACCGGAACCAGUGUCAGUACUGUCGCCUCAAGAAAUGCCUCAAAGUCGGCAUGAGAAGGGAAGCUGUCCAGAGAGGCAGACUUCCCAUGCAGUCGUACCACGGCCAGUUUGCAUUGACGAACGGGGAUCCCCUCCAGUGCCAUUCCUACUUGUCGGGAUAUAUCUCUCUCCUCCUGCGGGCCGAACCCUACCCGACCUCCAGGUUCGGCUCACAAUGCCUCCAGAGCAACAACAUCAUGGGCAUAGAGAACAUCUGCGAGCUGGCAGCGCGGAUGCUCUUCAGCGCUGUGGAGUGGGCCCGCAACAUCCCCUUCUUCCCGGACCUCCAGGUACCGGAUCAGGUGGCCCUGCUGCGCCUUACCUGGAGCGAACUGUUUGUCCUGAACGCAGCGCAGUGCUCCAUGCCCGUGCAUGUGGCACCGUUGCUGGCUGCCGCCGGUCUACAUGCAUCUCCGAUGUCCGCGGACCGAGUGGUGGCCUUCAUGGACCACAUCCGUGUGUUCCAGGAGCAGGUGGAGAAGCUGAAGGUUCUGCACGUGGACUCAGCGGAAUACAGCUGCAUCAAGGCCAUCGUGCUGUUUACCACAGACGCCUGCGGUCUGUCGGAUGUGGCCCAUGUAGAAGGUCUGCAGGAGAAAUCUCAGUGUGCUCUGGAGGAGUACGUGAGGAGCCAGUAUCCCAACCAGCCCAACAGGUUUGGAAAGCUGUUGCUGCGCUUACCUUCCCUCCGCACCGUCUCUUCUUCUGUCAUAGAGCAGCUUUUCUUCGUGCGCCUGGUGGGGAAAACACCCAUCGAGACGCUGAUACGGGACAUGCUGCUGUCUGGGAGCAGCUUCAACUGGCCUUACAUGCCCAUUCAGUAGAGACCUGAAGUUGUCCCAAAAGCUGUUCAGAUCACUGCAUCUUAACUCGGUUACUACCUGGGAGAAGAGAGAAUUUAUACUCAUUUACAGUAAAGCAGACAGACCUGCUAGUUUUUCUUAACAUGAUGUGUUUCUUGAAAGAAAAAAAAAACAAUUAAAAAUCCUGAAAUACAUUGACUUAAAGGAGACACUAAAUGAUCUUAUAUCAUUGGCAGAUUUUUUUUUUUUCCCAAAUAAACAAAAUGUCACAAGAGACUCUAAGGUCAGAUGAAUGUUUGCAGUCUGAUGACACUCACAGUCUUCACUUUUUGGAUAUUUAUUAAACCCUGUGUGUAUAUUUAUCGUGUUUGUAAAUUAUUAUUAUAUUUUUUGGCUCUUUUGCCAGUGUUUUCUGUAUAUGGGGUCCAGCUUGUGAAAAUAAAUUGCAGGGAUUGUCUCGUGACGGUCAUUUUUUUAUUUCAUAUCUUCCAGACUUGGUACUUUGAACAUAAGGAAUAUUUCUGAAACAUUUUAAGCCCAACAGCUCCUGAUUUUCCAGCAGGUUCUUAACAUUUAGGUGUUUGUUGGACAUUGUACAGACUGAACCAUAAAAUUAAUUGUUUUCAUACUUUGUUUGCUUUUUCUGUUCGUGAUUCCACCUUCCAGA